AUUUAAUUUCAGAACAUGGUAUAAAUGGACACUAUUUUCAGGACUGCUUUCCAUUCGGAGACUGAGCUUCAAACGUUCUGUUCGUCAAGUAUUUGCCUCUCCCCACCUUCACACUGAAUACUAAGUGUCAGUACUCACACAAGAAAUCAAGAUGGGAGUCAUCGAGCUUGAAUCUGUUAUCAGAAAGUGGGUAGAGCAGCGAGUGGGGGUCGGAAACGCCAGCAACAAGGCGAUGGACAUCGACUGGCACAAAGUCCACUUCUCCACCGUCAGUUCGAGCUUCACGCCCCGCAGCAUGCGUCAGCAGCAGCAGUAUGGAGGACGCAGACAAUCCCAGAACAGCAACACCAACUCCCAGGUCGUCUUCACUUCCAACUAUGAAAACAACACUGGCGAGGUCCAGAGCCACACCUUCAUGAUGGAGAGGGAGACCGAGGCCGUCGUCAGGACCAGCGUCACAAAGGGCUUCUCCAAAAGCGGCGACGUCGGCAUCAACAUUGACGUCCCUGAGAGCAUCUCCAAAUCCACUGCGAGCUUCGGCAGCGACGUCCACAUCAAACAGGAGGACGACAACACGGUGAAACAUUCCAUCAAGUGGUCUCUGAACUCCACAGUGAAGGCUCAGCCCUACACCCGCACCACGGCCACCCUGUACGUCACGGAGACGGAGAGCCAGUUCGACUUUGACGCCGAGGUUCACAUCAGAGGUAAAGUGCUGGUCAGGAUGACCAACGGCGCGUCGCAAACUGUAACCGAAGGUGACAUAGCCACCAUCCUCCAGGACGAGACUGCCAAAGGCAGAUUCAACCCCAACGAUAUGGUCAUCAUCCAAGGGAAGAAGGUCACGUGGAAGGUUGCCGGGCAACUCAAGUUUAAGUACGGCAUUUCCCAGGAUACAUCAGUGUCGAGUGAGGCCUUGUAAUAUUAAUGACAAACAAACAAAAUAGUGACAUGAUCAUUAUCCAAGGUUGGAAGGUCACGUGUCUCGAGUGAAGCGAUACAAACAUUUUAAAUCUGAGGAAGUAUCUCAGACUGAGAAAAAAAACUGUUCAUCGCGUUUUUUAAAAGAAAUCCCCCUUUACAUUUAUUCAAAGUGUCACUUGUGAAAUAAUGUGUUGUCAUACUGUGUGAUAUUAAGACAUCAUUAAAACUGCUGUUGUUAAAAAAACAAAGAAAUGUGUUGUAUUUUA